CGUCCACUACGGGGCGCUAUCCGUCUCAUUUUUCCCCAUUUGGCAGGUGUCCGUGCUUUUACUUUGAAAGUCGCAGCAGGAAGUGCGCGUUUCAUUGUUAGAGCGCGUUGACUGUGGUCCUGCGGCCGCUCAGCCUCCUCCCGUCGUCGCCAUGGUGCAGAUGAUGGAGUCGCAGUGCGAGUAUUUCAUGUAUUUCCCGGCGGUGCCGAUCACGGACCUGUCCGACCCGGCCCGGUACCGCACGCUGCCCCGCAGGAGCCACCUGUACCUGGGCGAGACCGUCCGCUUCCUCCUGGUGCUGCGCUGCAGGGACGCCGGAGCGACGCCGACCGAGCACGGCCCCGCAGGGGGCACUGAUGGCACAGCGGCAGGUUUUGGGACCGAAUCGGCCAGCAGCCGGGCGUGGAGGGAGUUGGCCGGAUCUCUGUGCGCUGUGGCGAGCGUGAGUCCGGGUGAGAGCAGUCGUCACCGGGGCAACCACCAUCAGCAUCACCACGACUACCAGAGCAGCGGGGACGAGGCCAACGAGGACGGCGAAGAGGACUACAUCGCAGCUGCCGAGGCCGCCAUCGCAGCGCUCGGCAGCAGGGUUGAUUCCCGGUGCCGGAGCUUCAGGGACUGCAAACCUCUGCUCAUCCACAACUCCUCUGGGACGGCGUCGAGGGAGUUCCGCAGGGCGCCCGUCCAGUCUCCUCUAGAUGAGCCGGUGGUCCUGACGGAUGAGGUCAUCUUCCCGCUCACCGUCUCUCUGGACAAACUGCCCGUCAGCACCCUUAAAGUCAAGGUGAUGGUCACGGUGUGGAAGAAGGAGGCGGAGAAAGUGGAGGUGCAGGAACUCGGCUACCUGAGCGUGCUGCAGCAGAGAGAGCCGACGCACACCUUCAGACACGACCUGAACACUUUCAAGGCUCAGGUGAGCACCACCCUGACCGUCCUGCCGCCUCCGACCGUCCGCUGUAAGCAGAUGACUGUUUCUGGAAAACACCUCGCUAUCUUAAAAGUGCUGAACGAGUCUUCUCAGGAGGAGGUGAGUAUUCGGGAUGUUCGGAUUUUACCGAACCUCAACGCUUCCUACCUUCCCGUGAUGCCCGACGGCUCCGUGCUGCUGGUGGACAACGUGUGCCAUCAGUCCGGUGAGGUCGGCAUGGCGUCCUUCUGCCGGGUGGACAGCCUGGCCUGCCGCCUUCCCAGCAUGCUCAGCGCUUUAGAGGAGCACGACUUCCUGUUCCAGCUGAACCUCAACGACAUGCCGCAGGACGACUCCAAUGAGGGGCUGGAGGUUCCUCUGGUCGCUGUGCUGCAGUGGUCAACUUCCAAGAUGCCUUUCACCAACUGCAUCUACACCCACUACAGGUUGCCCAGUAUCCGUCUGGACCGGCCGCGCUUCGUCAUGACGGCCAGCUGUCCGAGCACCGUCAGGGUGAAGGAGCACUUCAAGGUCAAAUAUGUUCUUCUCAACAACCUGCAGGACUUCCUGGCUGUGCGGCUCGUCUGGACUCCAGAGGGUCGAGGUCAGGGGGAAGACGCAGCGCUGUCUGCCGUGGUCUGUCACACCCCUCUCAGUAACCUGGGUCACUGCCGCAAAGGAAGCACUCUGUCGUUCAGCGUGGCCUUCCAGAUCCUCAAACCUGGACUCUACGAGCUGAGUCAGCACAUGAAGUUAAAGCUCCAGUUCACAGCGUCGGUGUCCAACCCUCCACCCGACGCUCGGCCCCUGUCACGUAAAAACAGCCCGUCCAGCCCGGCGGUUCGAGACCUGCUGGACCGACACCAGGCCAGUCUGGGACGCUCUCAGUCCUUCUCCCACCAGCAGCCGUCUCGGUCCCACAUCAUGAGGACGGGCAGCGCCAUGGAGCGACGGGCCAUCACGCCUCCCGUCGGCUCUCCGGUGGGUCGGCCGCUCUACCUGCCGCCGCAGGACAAGUCGCUGCUGUCGCUGGACAAGAUCGCCAAGAGAGAGUGCAAAGUCCUGGUGGUGGAUCCUGUCAGCUAGGCAGCGAGAGGAGAGGCUUUUAUUUUGAAAGAGAAACGCACACGAGAAGAGAUGACAAAGAAUCUGACUUCAUGUUACUGCAGGGAACACUCCUGUGUUUGAUCAGCUGACCAAUCAGGAAACAAUCAGAUUUUCCUUCACAAGGAGGAAGAAGUUCAUCCUUCAGCUGAAAUAUUUCAUGUUUUACUUCAUUUAAAGACACUUUGUGUUUUCCAGCUCAUUUCCUGGAAGCGUUCUUUAAAAUUUUAUCUUAUAUUGAACUUUAAAGCAUCGUCCAGAUUGAGCCACUGAAUUGUUUUAUGCUCCAGGUGUGUUUUACAGCAUGAAAACUGCAAACACGCAGCUCAGCUCCAGGAAGAGCCGAAGAACUGAGAAUUUAUUUUACAAUGUUUAGUAAAGUUUCCAGGAAAUAAGCUGGGAAGUGCCAAACCUCCAAAAUAAAGUGUUACCUUUUUACUUCUGUGUUAUUUUCAGAGUAAAAGACAUUACAGGUUAAAAACGUAUAAAACUGAGGACAGUCACAGUUAAUGUUUUCUUUCAGUGUUAUUUCCUCCAUCGCGUCACAAACAGUAACUUCAGCAGAAUGUUGAUAAUAAAAUGAAUGGUUGUUGUUGUGGGUCAGCUUCCCUCUGAGGACACUCAGCCUUUUAUUAAAGAGCAGCAGGAGUCUGCUGCCUUGCUCAUGGUGUUCUGGUUCAUCCUGGUUAUGAUCUGGCGCACGUUAGCAAGACAAACUCAUGAAAACUCAAAAUCAGGAAUUCAUCUGAGAUGCAGGCAGGAAUCUCCAGCACUCAACCCGGGAAAACAGGUUAUUCCUGGCUCUGGCUAUUCCUGAUGUUUUUAUGGGAGGGGCUACUGGGGCGUCAGUGUCAGCUGUAGCUCCUCCCACUCCAGGUAGUAACAGGGACCGUUGCUGCGUUAAUUUAUCGCAGUACUUGGUUUGUCAUUAGUGAAACAAUAAGCUAACAGCGAGGACACAGAUGUAGUCAGAGUGUAUCUGCUGUCUCACUGCUAAAAAUCAACACAAGAAGAAAUGCGCGUUUCUUUAACGUCCGAGGUCACAUGAUGCACCCAGGCAUUUGAUUGGUUCUGCUCUGUUCUCUGUGUACUUCUGUAUUCUUGAAGACGUUUCAUCCAAGAAGGUUUUGCAGUUCAGGAAGAAUCUCAAAACUGGAUUAUAGACGGCAGACAGUUGGUGUCAUAAGCCCCGCCCUCUGUUCAAAGAUGGUCAUUCACAGUGGACAUAGAUGCUUCUUUCACUCUCAAACCAACAGGUGGACUCUGGCAUCCUCAAAAAGUGACCUUUGACCUUCAGAUGCAGAUGGACAGAUGGGUUAGGGGUUGACAAAAUAGUUUAGUUUGUGUUUCUGAUCCUCCGUCGUUGGUGUCGGAUCUUGUUUUCUGUGCGUCUUUGCUAAUUUGACGAAAGCCUCGUUGGGAUAACCACACGUUUCUUUACACGUGUGUUCCCUCUUUUUCCUAUUUGUUUUAGAGGGAACGCUUAGAGGGUCCUGAUGACUCCAACUUUGACAAUUUUAUCUAUUUUUAUUCAGUUAUGACAUAAUUGUGAUGAUUGGCUGUUACACACGUUUGCCUGUUUGAAACAGAAAAAUAAUGCAAACAAAAAGAGAUAAAAGCUUUUCCUCAGUACUUGCUGCUGCUUCAUGUUCUGUGUGAUAGUUUCCAUCAAAUUCACCAGAAUCUGCAAAGCUUGUGACUUCCAGUGAUGGAUGAGAGACUAACUAAAACAAAAUGCUUCCCUUCAGGUGCAGUAAGACUUUAGACCAGUGGACGUCCUGCAGUACUGACCACCACCACACACACAGAUACACAGGGUAAAGAUGGGCAAAAGUGGAAAAGCAUCAGAUCCUGAGAAACAACCAGCUGGAGCACAGUUUGAACAGUGUGUUUAAUAAAUGAGUGAAACAUCA